GUCAACCAUUUGUGUGCUGUGCACGGUGCUAACGUGCAACUCGUCGUCAGGGGUACCAUGGAGCGGCUAAUGAUAAGAUCAGUUGCCGCGGAGAUCUACUACUCAGGCGCAGGUGGCUUGUUUGCAUUGAGGCGAACCAAUAUGAACGGCAUUGUACAAGGCAUCAUUCGGCAACGCAUGGGUGAUGCAGCCUCGGAUGCUGACAUUACACGGCACAUCAAAACGUGGUUGCAUUCUGCACGGCACAAGAGACCGCCUGUUGAGCAAAGUAAAGUAUGCAGCGCGAACGAGGUGAGUCCACUGCUUCAUUAUGAACAUCUUUAGCCUCCUACAUUGUCCAUCGCCGAAGCGGAUUAACCAUCUUGACAAUGCCGCUUUUUGCUACUAACGAUUUUUG